ACUGUACAGUGGUCUGACAUAAAAUGCAUAAUCAUGAUUUUUCUAAUAGACACACUUAUUACCUGUAGCUCUGUAUGUGGAUAUGGUUUCAAAAAACUUAUUGACGGUCAAUGUAUCAACGGAGAAUUUCUUGAUCAAUGUUAUAUUCUUAGUUUUGAGAAAAGGUUUUUAGCAAACGUGGUGUAAUGAACUGGGUGUAAAGUGUGAACUGGGCUUUCUUGUCAAAUUGAAAAUUAGAAGAGUCAUACCGGAAUUGGUAAAUAAGUUACAAUUUGAGGGCAUUUCUGACAGACAGUCUUUUAUUUUAUCAAAUUGCUCUACAGUAUUUAUUCUUGUGUUUUGUUUUAGAUAGAACUUUCAAAGUAUUCUUGAUAUUAUCAUUUGUACCGCAAUCCUAAAGAUCAAAAUGCCUACUGGAGGUGCAUUGUUUGGAAGUUCUUCAUCAAGAUCUCAAAACAAAAAUUUGGUUGAAUUCAAAGCUGGGAAAAUGACAAUGAAAGGAAAAAUGGUUCAUCCUGAUAAGAGGAAGGGUCUAUUGUACGUGAAUCAAUCAGAAGAUUCUCUCAUGCAUUUCUGCUGGAAAGAUCGUCAAACUGGAACUGUUGAAGAUGAUCUCAUUAUCUUUCCUGAUGAUUGUGAGUUCAAGCGGGUACCUCAGUGUUCAACUGGCAGAGUCUAUGUCUUGAAGUUCAAGAAUUCAAGCAGAAAACUGUUUUUCUGGGUUCAGGAACCUAAAACUGAUAAGGAUGAGGAGAAUUGCCGUCGAAUCAACGAUGUAUUGAACAAUCCCCCCACUCUGGGAACUCAGCGAAGUGGAGGGGGUACUCCAGAUGGAGAUUUGCAGAACUUGUUGAGCAACAUGUCUCAACAACAGCUGAUGCAACUGUUUGGUGGCGUCAAUCAGAUUGGAGGGCUCUCCAGCAUCUUGGGAACAAUAAGUCGUCCUUCGGGUAUUGGCCAAAAUAGCAGGCCUUCGCCGGAGACUAGCCUGCCCGCCUCUCCGAGCAGCAACACCACAUCGGCCACUGCCACCCCCGCAUCUGCCACCUCUGCAUCUGCCGCCCCCACCACCCCCGCCACUCCGGCCGCCUCCAAGCCAGCCACCACUACUGCUGCUUCUUCCAAGCCUGCUUCCGCUGCUGCGGCUGGAAGCAGCCAGCAGAAUCCGAUUCAGUUGAGUGAUUUGCAGAAUUUUCUCACUGGACUCGGUGUAUCGGGAUCAUCGGGUGCAGCAAGCAAUGUGGAUUUGUCAUCGGCGAUUACAGCGGACAGCCUGCAGGCGGUGCUGAGUGACCCGAGCCGAGUGCGCGAUCUGCAGCCGCACCUCCCCUCCAUCCCCUCCACCACCGGCCACAACCAGCAGGAGCAGCUGCGAUCCACCUUGGCCUCUCCCCAGUUCCAACAGGCGGUGAGCAUGUUCAGUACAGCACUGCAGUCAGGCCAGCUGGGGCCGGUGGUGUCGCAGUUCGCGGUCGGACCGGAGGCGGUGAACGCCGCCAACCAGGGCAACAUGGAGGAGUUCGUGAAGGCGCUGCAGAACGCCACCAUCAACAACCCCGACAAGCCUGACGAUGCGUCAUCAUCGGACAGCGCCAACGCAAACGCCAACGCCAAAGACGCCAAAGGCAAGAAGAAGGAUGGCGGAGACGAUGAAGAUCUGCCUCUCGACUAAUGUCACAAAGUAUUCACCAGAUUAUCAAUAUUUGUAAUCAAAUAUAUUUAUCUUUGAAGCAUCUA